UGAAAUCUAUACAAAGGACUGUUUAUGGCUCUCCUGUCUCAUCACACUUCCUGCAAUUCUUCUCACCUUUCUUGUGUCUUCGCCUCUGAAACUCAAGAACACAUCCAGAGAUUCAUACAUGUAUGUGCUUAAUCACCUCUCCACCUGCCGGAAGGGGUCGACUAUGAUGUGUUCUAUGAGUUUCAGAGGCAAACACACAUGAGAUUGUGGGUUUGAGGCCUUGAAAUCCUUGAAGAUAUUGGGCUUGCCAUCUUGCAUAUCUUUGGAUAAUAUAGUUUCAUAAUUUCUGUGUGGAUGUUAGGGCUCAAUUUCGCCGCUGAAGCUUCGAUUUCAGACAAUUCAUUAAAUCAAUCUAUGAACAUAGACUGACAAUAUUUGCUCGAGGUAAUCUAAUUCAUUUGCAAUAGAACGGUGUAUAAUUUGUGAAUUGAUUAUUUUGAGAUUUAAGUUGUUUUCUUAGUUAGGUUUUGAGAUAUUGUGUUACAGAACAAGCUUCAAAGCUUGAAAGGAAUUUAAAUAUUUCUGUAAAGAUUUAUUUUCUUUCUUAAAAUUGUUUGGAUCCAGGAUUUGCAAUCGGUAAGAAAUGCAUGAUUUUUUGUAGAGGGGUCGAUUCCUCAUGCCAAUUGCAAUUUACUAUUGAAAUCAGGUACCGCGAGGCAGAGAAAAAUUGAAGUUCCUAAACAUCCAUGUUUGUUUUCAUAGAUUUUGUGUAGUUUGAUGCAUAAAUGUUUACUAGUAUGCUUACUGCCUAAUUUCUCUUUCUCAGUCUAUAAGUUUUUCCAGGUAACAAUUCUGUAAGAAAUACUAUCACUGUCUAAAUCCUAGAUGAUUUCAUGUGGAGGACUUUGUGUAUGGCUACUUAUGUUCUGUAAGUAAUGUUAUCACCGUCUAAAUUCUAGAUGAUUUCAUGUGGAGGACUUUGUGUAUAAGAUUCCUAAUACUAGCAGGAAUUUUGAAGCUUCAAAUUACUUUUUAAUACAUUUUGUAAAUAACAAUUUCAAAUCUUUCCAUGUUAAAGCCGAAAUUUUUUCUUGCCUCAUCAACUGCUACUGUGCAGUAUAUUUGAUAUUUAAUAUAUUCUAAUGGUUAAAUAUUCUACUCAAUUUUAGAUAUAUGUUAAUAAUGGUUGUAUAUACCCAAUAAGUCUUCAAUUCUGGCUUGAGAGCUGGGAAAGACCAAUACUUCAAUUUCUGCUUCUAUAGGAAAAACACGAGCUCUGUAGUAACGUCUAAUGUCUUCAUAUAUAUUAAGAGAUUUUGGGUGCAACUUAACUAAAUCAUAUUGUUUGAGCCAUAUUUUGAAUUUUGAUUCUGAAACUGAAUAAAUGAAAUCAAGAAAAGCUCAUAUUUGAUGAGAUCUUUUAUUGGCUUGUCAAUCUAAAAAUUGUGUCGGUUGCAUUUAGUUUGCUAGAGAUCAAGCUUUUAAGCACCCCUUUUCUGCAACUAAUAGGACCUCUUAUGCAGCUAUAUACUCCAUUGUUGAUGCCUCCAUAUUGUUAUUGUUAAGUCUUUAAAGACAGCAAGUUAACCCGCAUCGAUCUUGUAUUAAUUGUUGCUUUUGUAGCUUUUAGAGCAGAGUCCACAAAAAGUUUUUGUUGUAGCUUUUAGAGCAGCGUCCACAAAAAGUUUUUGGCUUACUGCUUGAAUUUUUUCAUUUUAUUUACCACAUUCAUGGUAAGUAAUACUGCAUAGGGAAGGGAAUUUGCACUAAUACUUUAUUUUUUAGUUCCCAUCUGUUGUUUAUUAUUGCAUGUAUCUAAUCUUGGUAUACAGGUAUGUAUGAUUUGAUGGAAAAUGCAAGUCCUGCUGGGAAAAUCAACUGAGAUAGGGAGAUUGAAAUAGAGGAUGGUUUGAAAUUUCUGGCAACUGGUUCUCCCUUUACAAGCCACGUGCCACCUGCUAGUGUCAUGACAUGGCUCGUUCUUAUCAUGAUUUGGACUUUGGAGGAAGCUCAUAAGAAAUCCCAACACCAACUCAAACCUUUUGGGACUGAUUUGGUCUCCGAUAUCAAUUCAGGAUGCGACUACGAAGUGUUCUUGAGUUUCAGAGGUGAAGACACCCGUAAAACCUUUACUGACUACCUCUACCGCGACCUUGUGGAAGCAGUAAUUCACACGUAUAGAGACGACAAUGAGCUUCGCAUUGGAGAGAAGAUAGGUGAUGAGCUUCUCAAGGCAAUAGAGAACUCAAAGGUAUCCAUACCAGUCUUUCCCAAAGACUAUGCUUCUAGUAAGUGGUGCCUGCUUGAGCUCACCAAGAUGGUCAAGUGUAAGACGACUUUGGGGCAAACCAUAAAACCCAUUUUCUACGGCAUCAAACCAUCUGAUGUGCGACACCAGAUGGGGAGUUACGAAAAGGCCUUCCAGGAACACGAGAAGAAAUAUGAUAGUGCUACUGUGGAGGGAUGGAAGAAAGCCUCGAGGGAGGUUGCAGAAUUGAAGGGUUGGGAAGUUGCUGAUAGGCAUCAAGGAGAACUAGUAAAGGAGGUUGUUUCAAAGGUAUGGGGAGAGCUGAAAAGGAACUACUCAGUGGUUGUAAAUGAAUGGUUAGUUGGAAUUGAUGAUCAUGUAGAAAAAAUGAUGAAAUUGUUGAGUGUUAAUUCCAAUGAUGCAAGGAUUGUGGGAAUCCAUGGCAUGGGAGGAAUUGGCAAGACCACAAUAGCCAAGGUCAUCUACAGCCAACUCUCCCAACAUUUUGAUUCCUGUUGCUUCCUUCCAGAUGUUAGAGAAACAGCCCAACAACAUGAUGGUCUUGUUAAUUUGCAAAACCAACUUAUAUCAAAAAUCUUAAAGCCGGGAUGCGCUGACAUUAUUACUAUGGAUGAAGGCAUUAAUGUAAACAAAGACAGAUUUUCUGAGAAGAAAGCUCUUGUUGUCGUUGAUGAUGUUGAUAAAGAAAUUCAUCUUCAUGCACUCGUGGGAAAGUGUGUUUAAUUUGGUUCUGGAAGUAGGAUAAUUGUUACAACUAGAAACAAAGACAUUCUAACAAAAUCUUCUUGUAAUAUCUUUGUUUCUAGUUGUGACAAUUAUCCUACUUCCAGGAGGUAGAUUGCUGGAUUUAUGAACCAGAGGAAUUGGAUUCUAAUCUAUCUCUUCAGCUUUUCAGCAAACAUGCUUUUAGAAGACACCAUCCCCCAGAAGAUUAUGGUACUCUAUCUAGAGCUGUUGUGUCCACUACUGGAGGGUGUUGCCUUUGGCUCUUGAGAUUAUUGGUUCUUCUUUUUAUGGGAAGAGAAAAGAAGUAUGGAAAGAAACAUGGAAGAAGUUGAAAAGAAUACCGGAUCGCGAAGUGGAGAAGAAGUUGAUUAUAAGUUAUGAAGCAUUAUAAUAUGAACAACAACAUAUAUCUCUCGAUAUUGCAUGUCUUUUCAUUGGAGUGGAUAAAAGAGUUGCUUUCCACAUGUGGGAUGACUGCAAUUUUUAUCCUGAAAAUGGGAUUGAAGCUCUUAUGCUCAAGUCCUUGGCGAAAAUUGGAGAAAACGACGAGCUAAGGAUGCAUGAUCAGCUUAGAGAACUUGGUAGGUAUAUUUCUGUCAAGAAAGUAUCCAUGAGCCGGGUGAGCGUAGUAGGGUGUGGCUACAUAAGGAAGCCUUUUACAUAUUAGAGAGUCGUAUGGUAAGAUCCAACUCAAUAGAUGUUCCUUAUUAAGCAUUAAUUUUCUUCUCACCUUACUAGCACAAUUAUGUAUGAACUCAAAAGCAGGCUCGAUCACUAGGCCAAUUAAGGGGUUGUCCAAGGCCCCCAAUCCAAAAAUCUCAUUAGUCUUUUAAAGUAGGCCCCACCAUAGGUUUGCCAAUUUUAGCAGUUUUAAUGUUAAGAAUCUCAAUCAAUUUCUCCUCCUCUCACACGUUCUUCUAUUUUCUUCAAUUAUAUCUAUCAAACUCUUGCCUUUCCACAUUC